AUGAAUGGCUACCCCUUCUUCAAAUGCACAGAUAUUAACAGGAGGGUCAGCAGGACGACCUCUGGGAAUUUACCCGUCUAUCCAAAGAUAAGGAGACAUGGAACGAUCGUUACGACUGUUGUGCGCCACAUAUAUGGUGACAUAAAGGCGUUCAAGGAACACCUGCGAACCAUAUGCGAAGCGCCUGUGAGAGAACAUAUUGGCUAUAUCGAAGUGAAGGGGCUCCACACGAUGAAGAUAAAGCAGUGGUUGCAGCACAUCGGGUUCUGA